AAAGACUCAAAAGAUGUUAAAGACUCAAAAGAUGUUAAAGACUCAAAAGAUGUUAAAGACUCAAAAGAUGUUAAAGACUCAAAAGAUGUUAAAGAUUCAAAUGUUAAAGAUUCAAAAGAUGCUAAAGAUAUCAAAGAUUCUAAAGAUACCAAAGAUGUUACCAAAGAUGCUAAAGAUAUCAAAGAUGCUGCCAAAGUUGCCAAAGUUACCAAAGAUGUUAGAGAUAUCAAAAUUUUACCAUCAUUAACAUUAUCAACAUCAACAUCAUUAAAUGUCGAAAACAAUAAUGUAUCUUCACAAAUAAAUGAAUUAUCAACAUUACAGCCUAAUGAAUCACUUCCGGAUUAUGAUUUAUCAAGUUCGCAAUGUAUACAAUCUUUCACACAAUCCUAUGAUCAACAAUCAGGAAUCAAUUCCAGUAUAAGUAAAAAUUCCUCUACCACAAGUUCUUCUUCUCCUAAAUUUCGUUCGAUUGCUGCUAAGAUUAAUUCAUCACCACCACCGUCACCAUCACAAUAUAAUUAUUCCAAUGUACAUUCCUCCUCAUCAAGUAGUAGCAAAUCAAAUAGUACAUCUAGCACGUCAAGUAACACGUCAAGUAGCACAUCAAGUAGCACAUCAAGUAGCACAUCAAAUAACAC